AUGGCCAGCUCGAGUGGGAAAGUGGAAAAGGUCUCCAAAUUUGAGACGUUGAAACUUUUGGAGAAAUGCAGAAAGGAAAGAGAUGAUGCCAUGCACAGGGAAAAUGUCCUGAGAGAGAAACUGAGGCAGUAUGAAUCCAAGAUGCGUUCGACUGAGGCUCUGAGACAGAAACUGAAGACUCUGACGAUGGACAACAAGGAGCUGAGGAAACAAGUGAAGGCUCUCCGUACUGAGAUCGGACUUGAGUGCAGCCCUAAGUUCAAUGGAAAGACCACAAAGGACAUAAUCAGUGACUUGCAUGAAAAGGAGCGUGAGUGCAGCUCAAUGGUGGAGAAAGCUGGGAAACUGAGUAUGACCAUUGACGACCUGACAUCAGAGUUGGCAAAUACAGUCACCUCAAAAACACUCUUAGAGGAUCAAGUGCAGCAGCUGCAGCAAAAUCUAAAGGAUAUGACAAAUAAUCAACGCCGGCUGCUCAAGUUAUGGGAAGAUAAGAAGGUCCAGAGGGAGCAGCUCGCCCUCCCUGCAAUAAACCAGAAACCUGGACAGAAACCAUUCACCCACAGAGCAGUCCAAACUGAGAUGUCCAUCAGUUUAUCACAAAAGCUACCGCUCAAUGCCUUUGAGACCAAACCCUUUACUCGGGAUCAUGAGAGGAAGACAGUCCUGGAGAAACACAGUUUUCCAGCUUAUGGAAAUGGCUAUCAUCAUGACAAGAAAGCUUUAAUGCAUGAUGAAACUAAAGGAAUACAGAACUGA